AUGAAGCGUCUCAUUCUCACCCUUUCGAUUUUGGUGGCAUCGAUUUCACUUAUCAUUUACAACUCUGCUACACUCAAGUUGCUGCUAGACGAAUACUCAACAAUCGAUACCAAAUUUUCAUUUUCGAAGCUCUUUCCUAGCUCAAUCGAGGAAACGCACAAAGAAGACCUCUCAGAGCAUAUGAACAGCAUAAAGUCCGCCAUGUCCAAGACUUUGCACCACGCCAAGAUCACACCGCACAGGUCUGGCACAAGGGGUCACAGCGACCAUGGGUGGCUGAACACUUAUCACAGCUUCAGCUUCGCAGAUUGGUACGACCCACGUUUCUCGCAUUUCGGCUCACUCCGAGUCCUCAAUGAAGACCGCGUAAAGGCCCAGAGCGGGUUCCCCACCCACCCACACCGGGACUUUGAGAUCUUCAGCUACAUCUUGUCAGGGGAACUUACCCAUCGUGACUCGAUGUUGCAAAAGGGCGCCGAGGGAGGUCAGUCGGAUAAGUUCUACCGCAUGCACCGCGGCGACGUGCAGUUUACGACAGGAGGCACUGGAAUCGCGCACUCGGAGCAGAAUGAGCACAGGUCCGAGACUGUCCAUUUUCUGCAGAUCUGGGCAAUUCCUUGGAAGCGAGGCCUCAUCCCUCGGUACCACACAAAGCACUUCUCGGAGGAAGAGAAGAGGAAGGGCUUCGUUAACAUCCUGAGUCCGUUGAAGGCGGGCGAGGACGCGAGCAAGGCUGAGGAAGAGGAGGCCAAGCCCGCUAUCGAAGGGACUAUUCCGAUACAUGCGGACUUCGUGAUGAGUGCGGGUAUAAUUGCACCCGAGCAGAAGUUCGAAUGGAAAGUUGGUGCGAAUGUCACGCAGGCGACAAAACGCAAGGUGUACAUUCACCUGCCGAUGACAAAGGGUGGUAAUGCCAAGAUCAGGUUGGAUGGCCGGGAUGACGCCGUUCUAGAGGAGGGCGAUGGUGCUUUCAUUGAUGCUGUUAAUGCGGGUGACAAGCUCAGUGUUGAGAGCGUAGGAAGCGCGGAGGCCGAGGUCGUACUGUUGGAUACAGCUUGA